AUGAAGACCUCCAUAGCUGCCCUCCCCUUCCUCAUCCUCGCUGCCCAGGCUGCACAAGACAUGGUGUCAAACCUGAACCUUGAACUCUCAAGACCAAACCUGGAUCGACACUCAUUUCCUCACAGAGGCUUUCACCGGCCCACGGACUGCUGCACGUCUUACACCCAGCGAAACAUCCGAUGUGUAUUCAUGAAAAAUUAUAUAGACACGAGCAGCGCGUGCUCCCAGCCAGCUGUCAUCUUCAUCACCAAGAGCGGGCAGCGUGUCUGCGCUGAUCCUAACAAUGAGGGAGUUCAGAAAUGCAAGUCGGAGCUGAGGCUGGGGUCAGCCGUCGAGGACCUGAGAUCGCUAUUGGUUGAGCGGGGGCGCCUGGAGCGGGCCCCCUCUGCUCCGUCUCUCUUGCCCCACCGUCCUCAUUGGAGGGCCCUGGCCUGA